UUCCGGCGAGAGGUUAGCAACAAAGGCCGGAGUGGGGAAGGAACCUCAAAAAAACGGGCCUACAUAUACACUGCCCAGCUGCAGUUCUUAAGGCCAGUAAUGGAUUUGAGGCCAACUGUGGACAGUCUGGAUCCCUCGGCUGAUUCCGAGACGUCUGGGAGUGAGACCCCUGCGGUUUUCUCCCCCGCCACAAGUCCUGCUCCCACGCCGGCUGAGGACCCCGAGGACUCCACCCAGAGCCAAGGCCCCCAACCACUAUCCAGUCCACCGCGGAUAGUUCAACCCCAGCCCAGACAUCGCCGCCGUGUCCCUCCCUCUUCCUCUGUGCCAGAGAGUCGGGAAGUAAUUGAUGCCCGAGUCAUCGAUUUUCUGGCCCAGAGGAGGAGUGAUGGCAAGGAGGAGAAACUGUUGAGGGGACUGGGGCCGCUACUGCAGCAGGUCCCUGCGAAUGAGCAGCCAGACUGCAUGGCUUGCUUAAAUAUGGUGAUAAAAAUGUUUACUUGCCCCAACCAUGGAGACCUCAUUGGGCCAUUGCAUGCAUUGAAACUCCAGGUUGAAAAUGCAGGCCAGCAGCCAAAUCCUGCCCCAUAUUCAUUCCCACCCCAACCCACCCAAGGCCCUUCUUAUGCCCCCCCCCCUUCCCCAGUACCUUCCACCUCAGGGGCCUAUUCAUCCUGGGGGCCAGCCCCUUUACCAGCCCCAAUUACCAACAGGUGCCCCAACACAGGCCCAGGUUAG